GACGACUUGUUUACUAGUUAAAUGUUGUGUGUGUUAGUGUUUAGUAAGAAAUAUCAAGCCAGUUAAAGAAAAAUUGAAUUUUUAUUGAUUACAGUGUAAUUAUCCUUUAAGUUAUGUCUUAUUUGACACAUAUAAAUCGUCAUGAUGAUCUUAACUUCAAUGAGGACUUUGAGGAAGCGAUAGCAAGGAACAUAAAGGAAGAAGACUACGAAAAUAAUGACUCUGAAACUGAAGGUUCUAAUUCUAGAACAGAUACUGAAGAUGCAUCCGAAACAGAAGAACCGCCACACAAAAUUCAAGAGGAACCAGUUGAGAUUAAAGAACAAAAUCAUUUAUAUUGUAGAAUAUAUCAAGAUAAGCUGGCAAAUCUUAAAAAGCAAUUAGAGGAAGUACAAGCAGGAACUCAUCCAGAAUUAAUUCGUAGAUUAAAACAAUUAGAACGUCAAUAUCAUGAUCGGUUAAGACUAAACAGCUAUUAUCGUGACUAUUUAAUUGAAUGUGUUGAGAAAGACUAUAUACUUGAGAAGAAUGCAGCAGUUAAAGAAUAUGAGGAGAAGAAAGCAGAUCUCAAGGAAAAUCUUUUAGCAGAUUUUGAGGAUAAGAAAAAGAUGAUUGAAAGUGAAAGAACAAGUAUGGAAAUUAUUGAAUCUGGAGAGAUGAGGCAAACAAUCACUCGUAAACUUCGAAGAAGACCAAAUGAUCCAGUGCCUGUUACUGAAAAGAGACGUAAGAUGGGUAAUGGCCCAGCUUCUAGUCUGGUGUUUCAACUUGACGAUAAGGAAAUUGAAUAUGAUCUCAAAUUAAUAUCAAGAGGGAAAUCUAUAAUUAAUAAUAAUAAUAAUAGUAAUAACAACAACAGUAUGAGAAACUACUCUCAAAAUUCGACAUUGAUGAACAAUAGUGUCGGUAAUAGCAACAACAUAAUGUUGGGCUAUAAUAUUGAUGGACAUGCCGUGGAGACGAGAAUUGAAGAUGGAAAGUUACUGUAUGAACGAAGAUGGUAUCAUCGUGGACAAGCCGUUUAUAUUGAAGGUACUGAUGUUUCACGCUUUUCUGCAAACAUUUCAGCCAUUGUAGGAAAUGAAGUGAUUAUGGUUAAAAGAGCAAAUGAUGGUAGCAAAUUCCGUAUUUACCUACAUCAAUUAAGUAGCGGAAAGAUAUCCAUUAAGCGACGAAACUAAUUCGUUUUUACUUUUAAUGUUCUGUUCUAUUUUAAAAAAUUUGAUUCGAUAAUUUCCAAUUUUAUGUCUUUUUUUGUAACUAAUAUGACGAUCAUUUCUUUUUAUAAAAGGAGAUUCGAUUAAAUUGUAUAAAAGCGUUUUAUGUGCAAGAUCCAUUAAUUUUUGUGUUAGUUUGUAAUAAAGAUAAUAUUAAUAUUAUUAUAAUCAAAUUUUACAGAUGUCAUCA